CGCGCCGCGCCCGCCGCGCCCUCCUCAGUCGACGCCUGGGCCCCGCCGCAGGCUGUCCCCGCGGACCUCUCCGCGACCGACUCGCGGCCCUCGCGGGGGAGGAUUGGCGCCAGGCGUCGCGGCGCCCGCGGCAGUGUCGUUUCGGUGCACGUGGUGUCAACGCCCCCCCCCCCUCCCCCGCUUCGCCACCCCUUUUCCAGCUGCGUUUGUUGACACUCGUGGCGUGGCGAGCCGGCGCUCCGGCAGCAGACGACAGGAUGACCACCGGCCGCCGUCUGCUGGCGCUGGUGUCGCCGAAAGUGCAGUGAUUGACUGACCGGGAGGAGGGACUGUGCAAAGCCACCGGUGCCUGCGACAUUCGUGAUUGACAUAAGUGAGGAACAGCAGACAGCAUGACGGUGACGUACACGGCCGAGGUCGCAACUUGCCGGGGCUUCGGGUGUUUCCUCAAGCUCUUGACUCGAUGGAGGGGCAGCAUCUACAAGCUCGUGUGGCCGGACCUCGCCACUUUCCUGUUCCUCUACUACACCCUCAACCUGACGUACCGCCUGGCUCUGGACGAGCAACAGAAAAUAGUGUUCGAGGCCGUGGUCAAGUACUGCGAGGCGUACAGCGACCUGAUCCCGCUCUCCUUCGUGCUGGGCUUCUACAUCUCCAUCAUCAUGCAGCGCUGGUGGGACCAGUACACCAGCAUACCCUGGCCAGACCCCAUCGCCGUCUUUGUCAGCUCCCACAUCCACGGCCAGGACGAGCGUGGGCGGCUCAUGCGGCGCACCAUCAUGCGGUACGUGUGCCUCUGCCUCACGAUGGUCUUCUCCAUGAUCUCGCCCAGAGUCAAGAUGCGCUUCCCCACGCUGGAGCACUUCGUGGAGGCUGGUCUCCUCCUGGAGAACGAGAGGGUCAUCAUCCGCGACCUGGACGAGAAGUUCCCGCGGCACUCGAAGCAUUGGCUGCCGAUCGUGUGGGCGGCGUCCAUCGUGACGAGGGCGCGGCGGGAGGGCCGCAUCCGGGACGACUACGCGUCAAAGACCAUCAUCGACGAGCUCAACAAGUUCAGAGGGCAGUGCGGCAUGCUCCUCAACUACGACUCGAUCAGCGUGCCCCUUGUGUACACCCAAGUGGUCACUCUGGCUGUGUACUCGUACUUUAUUACAUCCGUCAUAGCAAGGCAAUGGCUGGAAGUGACCCCUGGUGCGGACACGACUACGAAACAUCGUAGCAAGAUUGAUUUGUACUUCCCCUUCUUCCUGACUCUUCAGUUUUUCUUUUACAUGGGCUGGUUAAAAGUAGCUGAAAGCCUUAUAAAUCCCUUUGGUGAAGACGAUGAUGAUUUUGAAGUAAACUGGAUUGUUGAUCGUAAUGUUCAGGUUUCAUAUCUUAUUGUGGAUGAAAUGCAUCAUGAGCAUCCUGAGCUAAUAAGAGACCAGUAUUGGGAUGAAGUAUUACCUGUUGAACUGCCAUACACUGUAGCCAGUGAGCCAUUUCGAGAGGAACAUCCUCAGCCUUCAACUGCUAACAUAGAUAUUCCAGCAGCUGGAACCACACUAUCGUUUAAUUCAACGCUAAAACUUGAUGAAAUGGCUAUGGGCGAUGCUAUGGCCCAAGAUGAUGCAGCAAGUGGAAUCCACUUCCUGGCCAAGAGUGCUGGAAGCCGCCCACAAUCUCAUUAUUAUGACAGAACAUUGUCAACCUCCUCCAAUACAUCAAUUAAUACAAAUUUGGGUAUGGGAUCUGUAGCAGGCUCAUUGCACCGGGUUGCCUCAGUUACAUCUGUUUUAAAACGCUUAUUUUCAAGAGAGCCCCCUCAACAACCUUCAGCUAUUCCUAUGGCCUCAGUUGAGACUGGUAACGCUGCAACCGGCUUGGGUAACAGCAAUGUUAAUAUCUCUGGUGCACCUGACAGUAAUUUCAAGCGUUCUACUAGUGGAAGCUCCAUUAACUUAAUACCAAAGGCACCUGGAGGAUCAGUAAGACUUACAGACCAAGUAAUUGAAGAAGUUGAUGAACAAACAACAAUUACCUCAAUGCGUAGACCAGAUCCACGUCCAAAUGUUAGAGAUAUUUUUGCUAAAGAGGAAGAUUUGAGCAGAGAGGAUAAAAAUGAAGCUGAUGAGGCAUUAUUGGGUGCUCCACUAUCGUCUGCCCCAGUAGAUGUUCCUCGCUCUGCUUAUGGGGCACACUCUCAAAGCCGACCUCAUGCAGCCUUAUCUAGUUCUGCUCCAUCAUAUGGAGGCCAAAUUACAGUUUCAUCUCCAUCAAGGUUCAGCGACAACUUUCCUGAGGUUUUGUCAGUUCAGAGUGCUCCUGGAUUCACACCGCCUCACAGUAAUCUGGGGAGUGGGGGUAGCCUGCAUGCUGCGCCAAUGGUUGAAGCUGAGGAAACUAUAAGUAUUGGAGCUACUAGCUCAGAAAGUGGUGAUGACAACGACAUGGACGAGUUCACAAGACUUAAACGAGCCCGUCAGAAAGAACAAAGGCAGCGUCAGCUUGCUCGAUCUAUUAGCCAACAACAGGCUGCUAUCGCUGCUGUAGCUGCAGUUCGUCGAAGAGAAUCUGGAGCAGAGUCUAUUAUAAGUGAAAGUGAAAAUCUACUUAUGGACCUCACAGAUAGUUCUCGGACUGGACUUCUUUCAUCAUCUCCCCAACAUAUGUCUCAUCCAAGUUGAAAAUCUUCAAGUACCAUAGAUCAGUGGAAAAAAUUAAUAAGGAACGAUGAUGAAAAUUCCUUCAUGUGGGAAUUUUGUACAAGUAGAUAGGUAAAUGGUUGUCCAUGAAAACUACCUGUGUAGGUGAGAUGGAUAUUAUGGUUUCAAUUUCAUGCUUCCAUUUGUAAGUGGAAUCCUUACAAAUGUGUCAGACAGUUGUGGAUUGAUUCAAAAAUCCAUUAAAAUGAUACUGUUCUAGUCUUUCUCUGUAGGCAAAGCAAAUAUGAUGAACCAUCCCUGACCCACUACAAUAUUUUGUUUUAUCUGUUAUUAAUGACACGAGAUUUUACAAAUUGGUUUGCUUCUACAACAAAUAUUUUUCUUAGGCGUUUGAAAUUGUGGAAUUGCAAACCAAGGCUUCUCUGAUUUUGGUUACCACCCUAUGAAAAUGACAAAAAGUUAUUGGGUCAGGAGUUUAUUUUUGUUUAAAUUUUGUACUAUUCUCAAAUUUUUUAAAACAAUGUCUUGCAAAUUUUGCUUGUUUUAAGCUUUUACUUAUAGAUUUUACUGCCGAACUUACUUAAUGUGCAUUUGCACCAAAUGUGUCAAUUUGACUACUCAUAGUUUUUAGUAAUUGGUACAUGUACGCAUUCCACUUAAAACUGAUGUUUCAAUCUCAUUGUUUUGUAUAACUAUGACCUGCCGUAUACAAUUGUGCUGUGAUAAACACUUACAUGGUAAUUCAUUUAAGUGGUCAGUUAGAAAUGAGUUGGAAAUGAAGAAUAUUUUUUCCUGUGAUGGCUUAAUUAUCCCCCAGUGAUUGAUAUCUAACAACAAAUGGGUCCAAGGUAUGUAAUCACAGAAGAGGCAGAUUCUGCUUUGGUCAGUAUUAUAACCAUCUCAGUACUUGAGUGCUUAUGAUUCCUGUAUAGUUUUGUUCUUAUUGAAUAAAUUUUUCAACAAAGUA